AUGCCGCAUGUUUUGGAACUAAAGAGACGAACUGUUAUAAUUGCAUGUAAAUUGCGUCAAAUGCAGGGUCGUGGAUGGGGAAUUAGUCCCUAUAUACAAAAGGUUCUUUAUCUCACCGUUAUCGAGAGAAUGGUCACCUAUGCGGCUGCUAUAUGGGCUGAACCCAUGCAGGGUCGCAAAGUGCGCCACUUGCAAAGUCUCCAGCGUCAAUUUGCCUUACAGAUAACUAGGGCGUUUCGUACUACCUCAUCCAGUGCAUUAAAUGUCAUGGCGGGACUGAUCCCUCUUCAUCUACGUAUUCUGCAGGAAGCAGCAAUACAAUCCGUCAAGGUUUUGAAAAAACCUUUCAUCCUAUUUGAUGAACUUUUCACACCAUUGCACUAUGAACAACCCUCACAACAUUUGGAUGUGCAUCCAGUCCUUCAAGGAACAGGACUUCGGAUUUUCCUUAAGGACGACGUAACACUGCCACCUAUCCCAAGCAUUCAAUAUUACACUGAUGGAUCUAAAAUAGAUCAACAGACAGGCUGUGCCCUUGUAGCCUUUCAUAAUGGUCAGUCAAUUUAUCAGUGGCUGGGUCAUCUCCAUGGAAAUAAUAGUGUAUUUCAAGCGGAGGCCCUAGCCAUCCUCAAAGCAGUUCAACACUGUAAAACAAGUGGUGCUAUGGAGGCAAUAAUUAUCACUGAUAGUCUUUCGUCGCUUCAAGCGAUUCAAAACCCCAGACAUUCUUCUUCGCUUAUCUCGGACAUCCAAUGUGAACUUCGUAAUCAAGUGGGAAAUAACAUCACGCUAGCUUGGACUAAGGGCCAUGCUGGGGAUCACGGUAAUACUUUGGCAGAUAAGUUAGCCAAAUCAGCUGCCGAAAAUACCGAUGCCGAGGCUGAAGAAGUGAUUCUUAAGUGGCCAACAUCUCACUUAAAACGAGCUCUUCUUUUAAAAGUUAUAUCCCAAUGGCAACUAGAAUGGGAUACUGAUGAAACCGGUCGACGAACGUACAAUCAUAUUACGUAUGUGGAUCAAUGUCGUCAGAUAACAAAUCAUCAACUAGUAAGAUAUAUCUCGGGGCAUGGUCCAUUUCCAAGCUACUUUUACAAGCAUGGAAUUGCAAAUAGUGAAUAUUGUGUCUGCGGAACUCUAGGCAUACCUGAACAUUAUAUUACUACAUGCCCGUUAACGGAGGAAUUUCACAUUCCUUUCCCUGUGGAUAAUCAACUAGCAUUUA